AUGUCGGUGGGUUGGGCAGAAGGCGGAGCCGCGCCGUACGGCAACGCCUCCGUGUUCUCCGCCGCCAACGCCUCGUCCGACGGCGACGACUCGCUCGGCGCGGCCGACGGCAACUUCUACCGGCCGUUCUCGGUGUUCAGCGUGCUGGCGCUGACCCUGCUGGCCAUGCUGGUGGUGGCCACGUUCGUGUGGAACCUGCUGGUGCUGGUGACCAUCCUGCGCGUGCGAACGUUCCACCGCGUGCCGCACAACCUGGUGGCGUCCAUGGCCACCUCGGACGUGAUGGUGGCCGGCCUGGUCAUGCCGCUGAGCCUGGUGCACGAGCUGAACGGCCGGCGCUGGAAGCUGGGCCGCCUGCUCUGCCAGGCGUGGAUCUCCUUCGACGUGCUCUGCUGCACCGCCAGCAUCUGGAACGUGACGGCCAUCGCGCUGGACCGCUACUGGUCCAUCACGCGGCACCUGGAGUACACGCUCAAGACGCGCAAGCGCAUCUCCAACGUCAUGAUCGCGCUCACCUGGCUGCUGUCGUCCGUCAUCUCGCUCUCGCCGCUCUUCGGCUGGGGCGAGACCUACUCGGAGGAGCGGCUGGAGUGCCAGGUGAGCCAGGACCCGUCCUACACCAUCUUCUCCACCUUCGGCGCCUUCUACCUGCCGCUCUGCGUGGUGCUCUUCGUCUACUGGAAGAUCUACAAGGCCGCCAAGUUCCGCAUCGGCUCGCGCAAGACCAACACCAUCACGCCCAUGGCCGAGGUUGUACAGGUGAAGGAGGCGGAGCGUCAGCCGCAGAUGGCCUUCACGGCGCGCCACGCCACCGUCUCCUUCCAGACGGACGGCGAGACGUGGCGCGAGCAGAAGGAGCGGCGGGCGGCGCUCAUGGUGGGCAUCCUGAUCGGCGUCUUCGUGCUCUGCUGGAUCCCCUUCUUCCUGACCGAGCUGGUCAUCCCGCUGUGCUCGUGCGACAUCCCGCCCAUCUGGAAGAGCGUGUUCCUCUGGCUCGGCUACUCCAACUCCUUCUUCAACCCGCUCAUCUACACGGCCUUCAACAAGAACUACAACAACGCCUUCCGCAACCUCUUCUCCAGGCAGCGCUGA